AUGGCGCCCUGCUCUAGAGCUCGCUGUCGUCACUGCGGCACGAACGUGGGCAUCUUUGGGUUGAAGGGCUUCGGCUGGAGCCUUCGGCUUCACGAAGCCAGGUGUGCUGCAACUUCAGCGGCAACCAACAACGAGACGGCUACCGUCGAGACAACCACGAGGGAGCCCAUGCUUGCAGCUGGGCUGGUGGAAGCAGCAAAGACUUUGGCAUUGUGCGUGGACGUUGCAGUCGACGUCACAGAUCUUGAUGAAGACCUAGUCAAAUUUUUGCAUGUGCCGAAGGAUGAGCUGAAGAAGUUAUGCGAAGCCGACAUCGAGACGGCCAACGAGGUCAUGCUGCUCGGCCUGUUCACAUGGAGGCCCGGGUCGAGUGACGCGGGCCCGCUGUGUCUGGCGCUGGGGAUAGGUCCCGGCGAUCCUGGUGAAAUAGUGGUCAAAGCACGGCCGGGCAGUUUGGAACUCCUUUCCAACGAGCUCCCACCGGAAGAGCACAUGGAUACAAAUUCCAUGGUCAAUUUUAACGAGGACUUCCGCGACAUCGCGGUGCGGCGAUGCACGAAGCUGCAGCGGCUUGCGCAAGACCUGGCGGCCAAUUUGAUGGCAGGCCAUGGUGGCGGUUAA